AUGACGUCGAUGCUGCAGUGCUUCAUAACGGUGCUACUUUUCUGCGUAUCCACUACAAAAGCCGAGAUUGUACAGAAUUCCAUUGUAGCACCACUUACUAUACCUUUGCAUGUCGAAGUUCCAAGCGGUGGCAGUGUCGCUGCCGGCUGUUCGCUGUGUCGAGACAGCGGGACCUGUUCCAUGGCUAUGAAUGACACAUCGUCUGGAGUAUUUUGCGGAGAUAUUCAUGCUACUGCGGUGGAAACACUACCGUGCUGCUGUGCGUACUACACAGAAUGUCGAGCGACCAGUACGGCGCAAACGUGUGAGUGCGGUGGAGCAUGGCCGUUUGAUUUGCACCACGAGCGGCUUGCAGCGACUGAAAUAGCAUUUGCAAAUGAUACAGGGUCUCGAUUUCGGCAUCGAUUUAGACCAAAGGAUGACGGUCCGAUGGACAAUGAAAUGUCGGCAAUCACUGAAAUUUUCAUUCACUUGUCGGCGUAUCUGGCGCUCUUUGUGUUCGCAGUGUACGUGGACCAGUGGGCAGAGUGUUUUGGCGACUUUAGGCGGAAUCAGAUGGUUACGUACGACAAAGCUAGUGAUACAAGGUUGCUUUACUUCCGCCAGCGAUUUCGCAAGCGACGGCGAAGCUCGCAAACAGAUGGGAAACACGAUGACAAUUUACCGCUUUUGUUGUUUGAAUCUCCGACGCCAACCGUAAAACCUGCUUUCACUUUUGACGUGAUCUCCGACGCAGACUCUACUUGUCAAAACAAAGAAAAGGAAGAUUUCACUAUCAGUAUCUGA